GGUAAAGGGAGUGAAGCGCAUCUGAAUAUCUAUGAAUGAGCUGUGAUGGAUAACAAAGACUCAGAAGCUGAGAUCCACCCUCUGAAGACUGAGGAUGUGAAAGUUCAAGAGAACCAUGAAAACUCUGUGGAGAGAAGAAUAGUGAACAAGCAGUCAUCGCAGCUGUCCCGGCUGUCCCGGUGGCGCACUGCUGCCUUCUUCAUCUCAUUAUUUCUGUGUCUCAUAAUUGUGUUUGCUUUCUCCUUUAUCAUUCCUUGCCCAGAGAGACCAGUUUCAGAAAGAACAUGGUUCCGAAACUACAACCAUGCAGCGGCCUACCAGUUUCUCGCCAUACAAGAUGCGAAUAAAGACAAAGUGCAAGAUGUCAUCUUUGCAUUCAAAGCUAGCAAUGGCAGCAGCAGCUUCAACAGAUCCUGUCUGGAUGAAGGUCUGCCUUCUCCAUGUGCCUUCAUUGCUGCUGUGUCUGGCACCAAUGGGAGAGCGCUCUGGGAGGGGCCUGCUGCCGAGGAAGUGGAGUGGAUGGAGUGUGGCAUCAAGCAGCUCGGGGAGGCUGAGGCCCCGGGUUGCCUGGUGGUGGGGAAGCCGGUGUCUCUCACAGCAGUUGACCUGCACACAGGAGAAAUUCAGUGGAGACAUUCCAGUGACUUUGGAGCUAAUUAUACUGUGCUAACUCCUGUGUCAGUGAUUCCAGAUGUGGAUAGUGAUGGAGUUCAGGACCUGAUAAUCUUUACUGCUACAGGAGAUAAGAUUAAAACCUUCAUCCAUUCAGGAAAAAAUGGCAAACAGAUCGGCUCCACUGGAAGCCUGACUGUGGAUGGGAAACCUCGUUAUAUCAGGCUGAACCUGGACUCCUCCUCCUCCUACUUUCUUUUCUAUACAGAAAACUCUCUCUAUGCGUAUUCCCUGAAAGAUCUCUACAGUGCAGCAACUGGGAUGGAAAUUAAGCUUCCCGGCCUUCAGCAAGAUCCUCAGUGGGAGAAGAACAUUGACCACACUACGCACCGCUUGUCCCUUCUCAGCUUUGGGGACAUCCGUUACCUGGCAAAAAUUCCUGGGCAAUCACGGGAGAACAUCCUGGUAGUAAACUCGGACAUGGCUAUGCUGAUCAGUGUACACAAUCUGCAGACUUUUUGGACCCUCAACGUGUCCCGUGUUGUGAGUGAACCACUGCUUGGUUACUACAAACCCGAUGUUCUUGGUAUUGUCCUUGAGAGUGAAAUCGGACCCAACAGGAAGAAGGUUAUGGUUAUCGAGAGUGGAUCUGGAACAGUCCAGUGGAACCUGAAGCUGAACUCGAGAGCAGAGAGCCCUGGGCCAGCCACACUUUCUACUGCUGAUCACCGGUCCACCUUCCUCAUCUGGGGUGAAUACCAGGUGCCAGGAAAUGAAACGACAUCUAGAGAUCCUCUCCAGAAGCUCUAUCUUUUCCAUCCCUCCUACACUAAUGUCUUGUUGGAGCUCCGCAAUAGCACAGACCAAAUAAUAGCGUUCGAUGCCCUGCUGUUCGAGCGGAGCCGUCACGCCUGCUACGUGCUGCUGCGGGGCCCUCAGCCCAGCGAGGAGCCAGGGACGGUGUCCCUGAUGAAGCGUAAGCUGAAGGAGGAUGUGUCUGGGAGCAGGGUCAUCUGGCUGAACCAGGUGGCUGUGGACAGCGAGCAGUACAUCCGAGACCGCCUCUACAGGAUGCGAUUCCACAGCCGAGUGUGAGCUGGCUGAGGGAUGGGGAGAGGCUGCCCAGGG